AUGCCCAGGUUCGAACUGCCGGCGGAACCUGCGCCCUCCGUCGCGUCCAUUGACGUUGCGACCAUGUCGCUAUUCAUCGUAAGCGGCAAGACAGCGCUCGUGACGGGCGCCAACGGCAGUAUUGGCGUCGUCGGAUACUCGGGUGACGCCGUCCGUUUUGCAUCCCGGCGGGAGAAGUCUUGGCUCCAGCUGCAGUACGAUUCUCUACGGGUGCUCGGCUCCUUGUAG